CCUGGACCAUAUCGCCAUUGAUUUUGGGUCGAUCAUCAACACGGCUUGUUAUUGUUGAUCGUUGGUCGUUUGAUACUCGAAUAAAGCUCCUCAAUUGUUAGACCGGAGGACUCUACCAUCACCAACUCGACAACCAUCUGCCCUACCCAGUCCAUUUGGAGGAUCGCUGUAGCCCCUCGCACACACACCAUGUCCAGACCGCAACUCCAAACCCGCCCGUCCAGCGUCGUCGCACAGCGCAAGACAAUCAUCCUAGUCAGCGGCGGCAAUACAGGCAUCGGCUACGAAAUCGUCAAGAGGCUCGCCAACGACAGCCCCGACAACCAAGUCUUGAUGGGAUGCCGUGACACCUUAAAGGGAGAAGAAGCGGUGGCCAGCAUGGGCGCCCCCAUCAAUGUCAACCCCAUCCAACUCGACAUCGCCGACGAUCAGUCCAUCGAGCACUGCUUCUUGGCCAUCCAGCAGCAUUUUGGCAGACUCGACAUCCUGGUCAACAACGCCGGAACUGCCGCGCAACAUCUGCCCCCGGACGCCACCCUGCGACAGAAAUUCGACCUCUGCAUGAGCGUCAACGUCACCUCAACCGCCGUCCUCACCGAGAAACUGGCGCCACUACUCGAACAGUCCAGACUACCCAAAGUCAUCUUCGUCUCCUCCACUCUGGGAUCCUUACAGACCACCCUGGACCGUGGGAUCAUGUACAAGGGUCCCUGGUAUAAUUCGAGCAAGUCCGCCGUCAAUGCCCUCGCCGUGUAUUAUUCCAAGUUGUAUCCGCACUGGAAGGUCAACACCGUGUGUCCAGGGUACCGUGCGACGGGGCUGAACAAUGCAGAGCUGAAUAGUGAGGAUAUGCAUCCGAAGUUGGGAGCUGUCAGGGUGGCCGAGUUGGUAGCUCAGGGGCCUGAUGGUGUGACAGGGACGUAUUCAAGGUCGGGCAGUGAGAUACCUUGGUGAUAUGCCAAACUCUUCACGGAAGUAGAUUCACGCGCUCUUCAGCAUCUUCAGGAGUCUCCAUGUGUCGUCUUCUUGCUGCUCUUUGCGUCAGAUAGUUGGACAGUUGAAAGCUCCAGUGGCAACACAUGCCGGCGGCGAAGCCGAUGGCGUCGUUCUUGAACGCAAUAAGCAGCCCAGCCGUGACAAGCAU